AGGAAAGAUGGCGACGCACAGAAUGAAUUAUGGGAGGAUGAGCGCUGAAGUAGCAGACCGGGUGGCGGCUGUGACCAGCAGUCGGCCCAGCACACCUCUUCAGGUCUCCUGGUUCGAGUUCCUCCUGGACAGCAGCCUGCUGGAGAACCACCUGCAGAAAUCUAAUCCUGACCCGACGCCAGUUCAGCUGAUCAUCCAGUUCCUGGAGCAGGCAUCGAAGCCGUCAGUGAAUGAACAGAAUCAGGUGCAGCCGCCAGUGGACAACCGCAGGAACCGCACUCUGAAGCUGCUGGCGCUGAAAGUAGCUGCGCACUUGAAGUGGGAUCUGGAUUUGCUUGAGAAAGGUUUGACCAUUCCAGUCUUAAACAUGCUGCUGAACGAGCUCCUGUGUGUCAGCAAAGUCCCGCCAGGGGUGAAACACGUGGACCUGGACCUCUUCACUCUGCCUCCCACCACCGCCAUGGCCGUCAUCAUCUACAACCGCUGGGCAAUCCGAACCAUCGUGCUGAGCAGCUUCCCAGAGAAGCAGACCAAACCAGGACCUCACCAGAUGAACAUGUUAAACAUUGUGCAGCAGGAGAAAGAAAUGACUGAAAACAUCCUCGCUGUGCUCAAAGAGCAAGCAGCCGAUUCCAUCAGCGUCCUUGAAGGAGCUCUGCGGCUGAAGAAAGACUUCUACGUUCACACUCUGAGGACUCUGGACCUUCUGGCUGCCGAUGCUGCUGCCAACGGUGAAACCGAGUCCUCGACCGCAGGUCUUCGGAUCAGCGCCGACGAGCUGCACUGUCAGGUGCAUUAUGAUGUGGGAGGAAUUUUCUUUCAGCGAGGCUGCACAGACCUGCCGGCUUUUGAGAAAGCUCGGGAUCACUUCAGACAGACAAAGGAAAUAUUAAAGAAGCUGGAUGAGACUGUUCACGUUCACCUGGAUGAGAAGCGUCUCGCUGGCUACUGGAACGCCUGCAGGGCUUUAACUGGAGACUGUGACCCCUCCGACCCCCAGACAACACAAUACGACCAGAUCAACAGUCUCAUCCGGGCACACAAACACCAGGCCGUCAUCGAAGCCUUCAUCAAAGACAACGCCGUCCGUGGUUUACCGAACAACUUCAGACGAUCCGUUCUCAGGGAGUUCUUGUACAAAGUUCAACAAGGGGAGUCGGGCCUGAACGAAGUGUGUCAAAAGCUUUGUGUUUGCAACGCCGUCCGAGAUGUUCUGGAAGGAGAAGUCCUGAGUGUCCGUUUCCAGCAGCUGCUCCUCAAACCCAGCAAACAAAUGGUGGACUUCAUUUUAGAGGUGUGCACUCGUUCUCUGGAGAGGGAGUGUCCUUCUGAGAUGUCCAGAAGAAACAUGGCCCAUUUCAUGAAGACUCUUUGUGAAGGCCUGGAGGAUCUGUCUCUGGUGUUUGUGGUGUCCUCACAUAAGCUCUUCCUAGAGCUGCUGAAGGAUGACGAGAGGAAAGUCCUGGUGGAGCAGAUGAGGAAGAGGUCGGCCACCAUUAACCUCAGUGCUAAACCUCUGCCUUCCUUCUAUGACAUCCCAGCUUCGGCUACUGUGAACAUCGGGCAGCUGGAGCAGCAGCUCAUCCUUUCACUGGAUCCUCGCAGGAUCAGACAGAUCCUCAUCGAGCUCCACGGCAUGGCGGAGCGGCCCUUCUGGAGAGUCAACAGCAAGUGGGAGGUUCCUCCAGACUACAUCAACGUGAUCCUCGGCAUCAAAGACAACCUGACCAAGGACCUGGUGUAUAUCCUCAUGGCCAAAGGACUCCACUGCAUUUCAAUAAAGGACUUCGCCCAUGCUCGGCAGCUUUUCUCCGCCUGCCUGGAGCUUGUCACCGAGUUUUCCCCGAAGCUGAGGCAGGUGAUGCUGAACGAGAUGCUGCUGCUCGAGGUUCGCGCUCAUGAGACGAUGGCGGCUGAGGGAAGCAAAGAGCGGCCGCCCCCGGACCUGGUCAGCAGGGUCAGAGGAUACCUGGAGAUGAGGAUUCACGAUCUGCCUCUGCGACAGUUGGUGGGAGAGGAGUGUGUCGCCUUCAUGCUGAACUGGAGAGAGAAUGACUACCUGACUCUGCAGGUGCCGCCUUCUCUGGUCAUGAACAACCCGUACAUAAAGUUAGGCCAGCUCCUGGCCUCCACCUGCAAAGAGCUCCCAGGUCCUAAAGAGAGUCGACGCACCGCCAAAGAGCUGUGGGAUGUGGUGGUUCAGAUCUGCAGCGUCUCCAUCCAGCACAAGAGGACCAGCGAUGGGCGAGUGGGCCUCAUCAAACAGAGGGAGUCCUCUCUGGGCAUCAUGCACCAGAGCAAAUUCAUCACAUUUACUAAGAAACUUAGAGAACCGCUGGUGCUGACGACACUCAUCUCGCUGACUCCACAGUAUAUUUUUCUUCUUCAGGAUGACAUAGUAAAUGAAGUGACAGCCGAACACCUCUCCAUCUGGCCACCCUCUCUGUCCAACAUCCAGGCGGUGGACGUGGAGGCGGUGGCCGUGACGGUCAAAGAGCUGGUGUCCUAUGCGCUCACGUUAAACCCCAACAACCAGUCGUGGCUCAUCACACAGGCCGACAUCUACUUUGUGACCAAUCAGUACUCCGCUGCACUGAACUUUUACCUCCAGGCCGGAGCCGUCAGCUCAGACUUCUUCACUAAACCAGUUCCCCCUGACGUCUACACAGACCAGGUUCUGAAGAGGAUGAUAAAGUGUUGUUCAAUGAUGAACUGCCAUACGCAGGUUGCCGUUUUGUGCCAGUUUCUGAGAGAAGUAGACUACAUGACUGCAUUCAAAGCUCUACAGGAGCAGAACAGCCACGACGCCAUGGACUCCUUCUACGACUACAUCUGGGACGUCACCAUCCUGGAAUACCUUACCCAUAUUCACCACAAACGAGGCGAGACGGAGAAGAGACAAAUAGCGAUAAAAGCCAUCGGGCAGACAGAGCUUAACACCAGCAACCCAGAAGAAGUCCUGCAGCUGGCUGCACAGAAGAGGAAGAAGAGAUUCCUGCAGGCGAUGGCCAAACUUUACUUCUAGCAGAAAAUAAGGUGCUGCUGCAUCCGAGGAGGGGCUGUAAAUUUUAUUUUGUGGUAGAAAAUAAACUUCUUAAUAAAUA